AUGGGGGGGAGCACGCGGCCAGGGGGUCCCAGCGCAGGAGGUGCCGAUGUCUGCGGGGAGCGUGGGAGAAGUUUUCCCUGUGGAUCAUCCCUGGCUGCCCACCGGUGUGUCCACACCAGCGAGAAGCCCUACAAGUGUCUCGAUUGUGGGAAGAGCUUCGGGCGCAGCGCCCACCUCAUCACCCACCAACGUACCCACACCCACGAGCGACCCUACAAGUGUCCCGAUUGCGGGAAGAGCUUCAACCAGAGGUCCAACCUGCUCAUCCACCAGCGGGUCCACACCAGGGAGAGACCCUAUGGGUGUCCUGAGUGUGGGAAGACCUUUGGCUAUAGGUCCGUCCUCCUGAUCCACCAGAAGAUCCACAAUGGGGACAAGCCCUACACCUGUAUGGACUGUGGGAAGAUCUUCAGCCAGAGCUCAGACCUCACCAAGCAUCGCCGGAUCCACACCGGAGAGAGACCCUACGGUUGUGCUGAGUGCGGGAAGACCUUCAGCCUCCAUUCCCACCUCCUCUCCCAUCAGAGGACCCACAAGGGUGAGAAGCCCUACGCUUGCCCCGAGUGCGGGAAGAGCUUCAACGAUAGCUCCAACCUCAUCACCCACCAGCGUAUCCACACCGGGGAGAAGCCCUACAGAUGCCCUGAGUGCGGGAAGGGUUUUGGACGCCUCUCGCAUCUCCACCGGCACCAGAGGACCCACACGGGGGAGAAGCCCUUCACCUGCUUGAGCUGCGGGAAGAGCUUCAGUGAGAGCUCCUCCCUCAUCCGUCACCAGCGGGUCCAUACAUGA